AUGGAAGCAUCCCACCCCGCGGCAGGAUGGGAGAACGUCGGCGAAAAAUGGUACCGUAAAGUCCAGCUCUACACCGAAGUAUUCGACCAAGACCUCGACCUCGACAACUACAUCGUCGCCGGCGCCCCCUACGGCGGCGCCCUCGCCCUCCUACGGGACGACACCAAGAUCCAGGCCGUUCGCGCCGCCCCGAGCAACAGCAAAACCGGUGGCGGCUCAUCAAACAGCACCAAGCCCGGCAUCGACAUCUACUCGUACGCCGGCAAACUCCUCCGCAGGAUCCCGUGGGACCAAGGCUCCGGCGCGAUCAAGGGGCUCGGAUGGGCGAGCGUCCAGGGCGGCGAGGAGAAGCUGCUCGUCGUCACGGCGGACGGGACGGUGAGGGUGUAUGAUCUCCAAGGCGAGUUCACGCAGUUCUCACUCGGCAACGGCGCGGACGAGGUCGGCGUCGUCGGGUGCCGGUUUUACGAGACGGGUAUGGUUGCCCUGCUCGGUGGCAACGCGCUCGUCUCCGUCACGUCGUACGCGGAGCCGCGGCCCAAGUUGCUCGCCGCGCCGCCGCAGGACCAGGGCGAGAUCCACGCGUGGGCUGUGGUCUCGCCUGAUCACACGCUUUCGCGGUCAGUUGAGGUGCUGCUGAGUAUCGGGGAGACUGUAUAUGUUGCCGACGCGGCUGAGUGCGAGGAUCGCUUCCUGGAUAUUGGACCGUUUAGCCACAUCAGCGUCUCACCUGAUGGGAGGCUGAUUGUGUUGUAUACCAAGACGGGGAAGGCGCAUGUUAUAUCGAGCGAUUUCCAGGAGCGGUUGGUGGAGCACGAUUCGCAGUCGAGGAUUCCGCCAAAGUAUGUGGAGUGGUGCGGUUCCGAUGCCCUGAUUGCGUGGGAGGAUGAGGUGCACAUUAUCGGGCCUGACAGCGCGACGGCCGAAUUCUUUUACGAUGGGCGGGUUCACGUCAUCUCUGAAAACGAUGGCGCAAGGCUCAUUACAAACGACGUAUGCGACUUUCUCGAACGCGUCCCCCACGCCACAGAAGACGUCUUCGGCACCCGCGCAGAGUCGUCAGCGGCCUCCAUCCUUCUCGACGCCGUCGGCCAGCUGGAGCUCCAGUCCCCCAAGGCAGAUGACUACAUCCAGCUCAUCCGCGCCAACCUCACCGAGGCCGUCGACACGUGCGUCAACGCCGCCGGCCGCGAGUUCAGCGUCCACUGGCAGAAGCAGCUCCUGAAAGCCGCCUCCUUUGGCAAGUCCGUCCUCGACAUCUACAACAGCGACGAGUUCGUCGACAUGUGCGAGAUCCUUCGCGUCCUCAACGCCGUACGGUUCUUUGAGGUCGGCCUGCCCCUGUCUUUCGACCAGUACCAGCGCCUUACUCCCGAAGGGUUGAUAAAGAGACUCAUCAACCGACACGAGUACCUCCUCGCCCUCAAAAUCGCGGGCUACCUCCGCCUCCCCACAGACCGCAUCUACGUCCACUGGGCCUCCGCCAAAGUCCGCUCCGGCACCGAAGACGACGACACGAUAUGCCGCCUCGUCGUCGAGCGCCUCUCGGGCAAACCAGGCAUCUCCUUUGAAGAAAUCGCCCGCGCAGCCUACGACGAAGGACGAGGCCGCCUCGCCACCGAGCUCCUCAAUCACGAGCCCCGCGGCGGCCGGCAGGUACCCCUCCUCCUCAGCAUGGAAGAAGACGAGCUCGCCCUCGAUAAAGCAAUCGAGAGCGGCGACACGGACCUCAUAUACACCGUCCUCCUCCAGCUCAAGAAGAAGCUCCCGCUGGCAGCCUUCUUCCGGGUCAUCAACGCCCGCCCCGCGGCCACCGCGCUCGUCGAGUCCUCGGCCGCGCGCGAGGGCGACAACGCACUCCUCAAGGACCUGUACUACCAAGACGACCGCCGCGUCGACGGCGCGAGCGUCUUCAUCCGCGAGUCCCUCGCCCAGGCCGACGCCCGCACGGCAUCCGACAAGCUCGCCCUCGCCGCCAAGCUGCUCUCCGACUCCCGCGAGGCGUCGUUCGAGGUGCACGCUCUCAAGGAGGCGCAGACGCUGCUCAAGAUGCAGGAGGCGUUUGACCGCGAUCUGACUGACACCUUUACGGGGCUCAGCGUCAACGAGACCAUGUUUAAGCUUAUUCGGCUCGGGUACCACAAGCGCGCGACAAAGAUUCAGAGCGAGUUCAAGGUCCCGGAGAAGGUUGCUUGGUGGCUCAGGCUACGCGCCCUCGUUGCAAAGCGAGACUGGAACGAGAUUGAAGAGCUCGCAAAGACGAGAAAAAGCCCGAUCGGGUGGGAGCCGUUUUACAACCUCACGCUGCAGGCGGGCAACCCGCGGCUGGCGGCGGUCUUUGUGCCAAAGUGCACGGGUCUGGAACCGGGAACGACGAUUACCAUGUACGAAAAGUGCGGGAUGCGGGUCAAGGCUGCGGAGGAGGCGGUGAAGCUCAAGGACGCCGAGGCGUGGGGUAGGCUCCUUGAGGCGGCGGGACGGGGAACGCAGGAGGGGCGGGAGAUUGAGAAGCUCGGGGCUGCGGUUUUCAAGAAGUGA